AGUAUACUGUUCCAUUAGUCUAUUCAUGGCAACGGCCUUAGUAAGCUCAUACAAAUAAAAUAAACGACUAAAACGAGCGUCACGCUGUCUCUGCAGGAAAAGUCAGGCUGCUAAAUCGAGCAAAGACUAAUCGCUCAUCUGCUAUUCCUCGGCCCAACUGUGAAGAGCAAACUCCGGCAUGUAUGCAUCUGAGCACCAAGUCAUUGACAGUCUGCCUAAUAAACCAAGACAUCCCGAAGACUCGAACUCCACCGAGGACAUGUACAAUUGUGAGUCAAAAUGCUGUAGCUGGACUUGAACGUGUGGCUCGUUGGGUUCUUGGUCCUGUUGCAUUGAGCGGAUGAUGAAGCGGGUCAUCUGGUUGAUAUCAGGAUUAAACAGAAGAAUGAUGAAGCUACUUUUUGCCCUCGCUUUGAUCGCCUACAUUGCCUCUGUCUGGGGAACAUAUACGAACAUGAGAUCAAUACAAGAACACGGAGAAAUGAAGAUUGAGCAGAGGAUUGAUGAAGCUGUGGCUCCUCUCCGAGAGAAGAUUCGUGAUCUGGAACAAAGUUUUUCUCAAAAAUACCCACCUGUGAAAUUCCUGUCAGAAAAGGAUCGGAAGAGAAUUUUGAUCACUGGUGGGGCUGGUUUUGUUGGUUCCCACCUGACUGACAAGCUGAUGAUGGAUGGCCAUGAGGUAACGGUGGUGGACAACUUCUUCACAGGAAGGAAAAGGAAUGUGGAGCACUGGAUUGGCCACGAAAACUUUGAGCUCAUCAAUCAUGAUGUGGUGGAGCCUCUCUAUAUUGAGGUGGACCAGAUCUAUCACCUGGCGUCUCCAGCCUCCCCUCCCAACUACAUGUACAAUCCCAUCAAAACACUCAAGACCAACACCAUUGGCACUCUUAACAUGCUUGGUUUGGCCAAACGUGUGGGUGCCAGACUUCUCCUGGCUUCUACUUCUGAGGUUUAUGGAGAUCCAGAGGUACACCCACAAAAUGAGGAGUACUGGGGGCACGUGAAUCCAAUUGGUCCUCGUGCAUGCUACGAUGAGGGGAAGCGUGUAGCAGAGACCAUGUGUUAUGCCUACAUGAAACAGGAAGGAGUAGAGGUGAGGGUAGCGAGAAUCUUCAACACGUUUGGCUCCCGAAUGCACAUGAACGAUGGACGAGUUGUCAGCAACUUCAUCCUGCAGGCUUUACAGGGAGAACCUCUCACUGUGUAUGGUUCUGGUUCCCAAACAAGAGCCUUUCAGUAUGUAAGCGAUCUGGUCAACGGCCUGGUGUUGUUGAUGAACAGUAACAUCAGCAGUCCAGUCAAUCUGGGGAACCCAGAGGAACACACCAUAUUGGAGUUUGCUCGUCUCAUCAAAAGUCUAGUCGUGAGCCAAAGUCAGAUCCAGUUCCUUCCAGAGGCGCAGGACGACCCACAGAGGAGAAGACCUGACAUCCGAAAAGCCAAGAUGAUGCUGGGCUGGGAGCCGGUGGUGCCCCUGGAGGAAGGCUUGAACAAAACUAUCCAGUACUUCAGCAGGGAACUCGAGCACCAGGCCAACAACCAGUACAUCCCCAAACCUAAAGCCGCGCGCAUGAAGAAAGGACGACCCAGACACAACUGAGGUCGGGAUUCCCACCACAGACUCCCAAAACACCGAAGGAUGUUAAGACUCCUCAGAGGACCCUCGAAGAGCAACACAUUUUCUAAAACACAUUGUUGAAUAUAGCACUGGGAUAUGGUGUCUUUUUUUGAGAAGUAGAGAAAAACCUUCUCUUUAAAAAAUGUGUUGCCUUGCGUUGGAGCCGCACUGCGGGAUAAGGGCUUUCCAUACAGGAGCUUGCGUGUUGGAUGGACAAGCUUGGAUCAAAAACAGAAAUUUCAGGCAAGAAAUCUGAAACCCAGCCUACCUUUUUAUUUGUGAAUUUGUGUUUUUCAUAUUUAAAUUGCAGACAUAAGAAUCUUGCAAACAGCUCACACUGUGCAUCAGUGCUUUGUGUUUAUUUAACCAGUUUCAUGGUGUUUUGUCUCCAGAGGUGAGCUACCUGACUUUACUCUACACUUCCACUGGAUGUUUUGUCUUCUUAUCAGUGGCGUUCUGUUCAUGCAGCGCACUGCAGGACUGGGCAAAUCCUCUAGAAAGACUGUUACACCAUCAUUGGGUGUUUAUCAGAACAUUAUUGUGUUCUACUUUGUGAAAAUUCUCAUGUCAGGAUGUGCAUUAUCAAUUUCAGAUAAAGAUGCUAUUUUUAAAAAUGUUUCUGAUAUUUUGCGUAUGAUAUACAGUAAUUAGGGAAGUGCGUGCGCAUGUGUGUGCGCGUGUGUGUUCGCCUGUGUGCGCAUGUGCAAGUGUGUGCGCGUGUGCAAGUGUGUGCGCAUGCAAGUGUGUUCGUGGACAGCUACAAUUGUUUAGUAGAAGUGAAAAGCAGGGGAAUUAAAUAUGAAGCCACAUCUUUAUUUACAAUAAUCAAAUGAUAAGAGAAAUCAGAUUUUAACAGUAUUUCAUACAAAUCAGCUGCCUCAAAACCUUUCUCAUAAAAAUGUAAAUAGCACACAUAUUGUGUUUUUGCUGUCAUUGAACAUCGCUACUGCUCUAUAACUAAUAGCCUAUGUGAGGAUGGUGAGAAAGUGUUGAGUGGGUUGUACUCAGCACUGGUGGGUGUAACCAAUCAAUACAAAGAAGCCAUGGCAGCUGUGAAGUAUUUGGAUAUUUGCAGGAUUAAAACCAACAGAUGCAGUUAAUAGUAGUCAUAGUUGACAUUAGCUCCGUGUCUGUAAGAACCAGAGUCACGCGGGCCGAUGGGGGCAUUUUCAUCGUAGUGGUGCUGACGCCCUUGAUCAGUGGAGCGAGCUUGGUCCAUCCAGUACGACAGGUCAGCCUCCAGCCUCUAGUGAGGAAGAAACACCACAGACGUGACUCGUUAGGAAACUCCACCUCAACAAAUCUCAAGCUAAUAGACACAGAGGUAGCUGAUAAGGUGUCCGCUGAGACUGUCAGCAGGCCCAGCUGUCGCAAAUAGACAUGCAUGAAAGCCAAACGUUGAAAAGGCCAAUGCUUUCGCGGCUUUGGCCUUUUAAGGAAGCAACAAUGGCACACAUAAAAAAGGCAUCGUGAAUUGAGCUGUGUGAGAUUUACUGCUCACUGGCUAAAACGAAAAUUAUGUCGGUGAGGGGAUAAUUUCAGGCACUCUGCUCUUUUUUCUGCUCUUGUUAUCUGUUCCCUCCGUUCCUUGCUGUCCCUGGUGAAUUCUACAUGACAUUCACUGACCUGAAAGAAAACUGAAACUGUAUUGCCAUGUAUUAUGUUCCACGUUUGUAGUUAUUCAUUCAGUCAUACGGAAACAUUGUGAGGAUAACUGUGCCUUUUGAAAAGAUUUUUAGAGAUCAGACUACAGUUUACACCAGCUUUGUCACUCCACGUUUUUGUCAUCCACAUAUCUGAGAAGUAUAAAGAUCCCGAUUACUAAAGA